AAAACAAAACCCUAAAAACACACGGCAAGUUUCAGAUUCAAGCGUCUUUCUUCUAAACAAAGUUAUUUUACAUCAUUGUCUUGGCUGAAUAUGACAAAUCCUUCAAGAAAAUGACCUAAAUAUUGGUCUUUCCUUAGUGAAAACAUCAAUAUUUCUUUCUUUUUGUUGAGUUUCAAGUUAUAAUUAAGUUUAAUGGAAGCUUUUAACCCUUCUAUGGCUUUACCUUUCUCCUAUACUUUCACUAGUGGCAGUAGCACUGGUUCUGCUACCAGCCACUCUGCCAUAACUGGUCCCUGGAUGGACGCGAGGAUCUGGAGUAAGCUUCCUCAGAGGCUACUCGAUCGUGUGCUUGUGUUCCUUCCACCUCCAGCCUUCUUUAGAGCCCGUGCUGUGUGUAAAAGAUGGUACGGGCUCUUGUUUUCCAACAGUUUUCUUGAACUUUACAUCCAGAUUUCACCUCAGCACCACUGGUUCCUCUUUUUCAAACACAAAACCGCCAAGAGCUUCUUCUACAGAAGCAAUACAAGCGGCGGUGGCAAUGGUGAUAACACUAGAGCCACUGCUCUUGAAGGAUAUCUCUUUGACCCUCAUGAGAUUAGAUGGUAUAGAGUUUCUUUUGCCCUUCUCCCUUCCGGGUUCUCUCCGGCGUCUUCCUCUGGUGGACUCAUUUGUUGGGUUUCUGAUGAAGCCGGUGCCAAAAGUCUCAUUCUUUGCAACCCACUCACUGGUUCACUCAGCCAAUUGCCACCCACUUUAAGGCCACGUCUCUUCCCUUCAAUUGGCCUCAAAGUUAGCCCUUCUUCCAUCGAUGUCGCCGUUGCAGGAGAUGACUUGAUUUCUCCCUAUGCAGUGAAAAACUUGUCCACCGAAAGCUUUCACAUCGAUGCAGGUGGAUAUUACUCUCUCUGGGGAACAACUUCAUCUCUUCCCCGUCUUUGCAACCUCGAAUCCGGCCGCAUGGUGCAAGUUAAUGGAAAAUUUUACUGUAUGAAUUACAGUCCUUUCAGUGUUCUUGCGCAUGACAUUUCCGUAAAUUCCUGGUUCAUCAUUCAAGCUCCAAUGCGGAGGUUUCUUCGUUCACCGAGCUUAGUGGAGAGCCGAGGCAAGCUGAUCCUCGUGGCGGCGGUAGAAAAGAGCAAGCUGAAUGUUCCAAAAAGCCUCCGCCUCUGGUGCCUGCAAGGCUGUGGCUCGACAUGGGUUGAAAUCGAGAGGAUGCCACAGCAACUGUAUGUUCAGUUUGCAGAGAUGGAAGGCGACGAUGGGUUCGACAGCAUUGGGCAUGGGGAUUUUAUUGUGCUGGUGAUUAAGGGGUCGAACAAGGCCUUACUGUUUGAUAUUUCUAUGAAGAGGUGGCAGUGGGUGCCUCCGUGUCCUUAUCUCUGUGGCGUCGGCGGUGGUAGUUACGGAGGAGAAGGUGAGUUGCAUGGCUUCGCUUAUGAGCCGAGACUUGCAACACCCGUGACUGGACUACUUGAUCAGUUGUCACUUCCAUUUCCACCUUUCAGUGCUUAAUUAUUAA